CACAGAGACACGCACUAAAACGUGAAAAACAGGGAAGUAUUACAAUUACUAUCACACUGCAGAAGCCCCAUUCCUCGCACGUUCCCCGACGCGAUUAUCCGACCAAUCAAUCUUCAUCACUCUUCUCCCAAUUGAAUCUAGGGUUUCCGUAGUUCUGUUUCUUCAUCCACCAAUUAAUAAAUCUGAUUGAAAAACCAGCUGAAUUUUUUUGUUUUCGCCAUAGAUUCGGGUAUGGAAUCUUUGGUGGAGGCGACUUCCGGUGCGGUGGGUUCGCUGGUCAGCACCACCAUUUUGUACCCGUUAGAUACCUGCAAGACCAAGUAUCAAGCUGAAAAUCGAUCACUCCUCCACACUAAAUACAGGAAUGUUUCGGAUGUGUUGUGGGAAGCAAUAUCCACGCGGCAAGUAGUUUCGUUGUACCAAGGCCUGUGGACGAAGAACUUCCAAUCUUUCAUUUCGCAGUUCAUUUAUUUCUACGGUUACAGUUUUCUAAAACGACUAUACUUGAAGAAAAGUGGAUCUAAAUCCAUUGGAACUAAAGCUAACUUGAUCAUAGCUGCUGCUGCUGGUGCAUGCACAGUCGUUGUGACACAGCCUUUGGAUACAGCAUCUUCGAAGAUGCAAACGAGUGAAUUUGGGAAAUCGAAAGGGCUUUGGGAAUCCCUUUCUGAAAGCACAUGGACCGAGUCAUUUGAUGGUCUCGGCAUCUCUCUUCUUCUCACAGCAAAUCCUUCCAUUCAGUAUACAGCUUUCGAUCAGUUAAAGCAAAGACUGUUGAAGGAGAAAACAAGAAAACGGAGUAACGAUAUAACAUCUCCAGAAGCACUUUCUGCGUUAUCUGCGUUUAUGUUGGGUGCAGUCUCGAAAUGCAUUGCCACCUGUAUAACAUACCCUGCUAUAAGGUGUAAAGUGAUGAUUCAGUCGGCAGAUUCAGACGAAAAUAACGAUGGUAAAUCCCAAAAAAAACCCCGUAAAACAGUGUCUGGAGCAAUCAGUGCAAUCUGGGAGAAAGAAGGAAUACUAGGUUUCUUCAAAGGUUUACAGGCACAAAUCUUGAAGACUGUCCUGAGUUCAGCAUUGCUUUUAAUGGUUAAGGAGAAAAUCACAAAGUCGACGUGGGUUGUAAUGAUUGCACUUCGAAGGUUCUUGUUUAAAACCGAAACCCGAUUGAAGAGUUCUUGAAGAAGGUCUCAGCCUUAAGUACCAUGUGAGUUUAAGUAUCAAGAUUCAAGAAUGUUUUUUUUUUAAAUAAUAAAUUGUAAAAUCAGUUAUACAAGGUUAGGAACAUAACUUAUGUUUGAUUAUUUGAUUUUUGCGAAAUAAGCCACUAUGUAAUAAAAAGUGUAGAAGUGACAAAAGUUUUGUAAGCGAAUCUCUCGAAAUCUCUCCACGUUAUAAAUGCGUCUUUCU